AUGGUAGCCGGUCUGAACUCCAACCCGGAAAUUCUUCUCCGCAAGCGCAGAAAUGCCGAUAGAACGCGGUUGGAAAAACAAGAGCUUGCGCAACGUCGCAAGGAGCUGCAACAGAAACAGAAGCGUGCUCGCAAGAACAAGUUUGAGAGGGCAGAAUCCAUAGUAGCCACCUCGCUGGCCACGCAGCGUGAAAAGGAGCGUAUAAAACGUGUCUCGAAACUGGAAGCUCAGCGUGCAAAAGGUGAAACCCAGCGUUUGGCAUCGGACCGUGAUUUUAUUCUAAAAGUGCAUACCACAGACGGUCAGACGGAGUCCAGUGUGGAUGACAGCGAAGACGACGCUGCCUUGCAAACGGAAAAGUGCGAGUACGACGGCAAACCGACGCUCCUGUUUGUGCUGCGCAUUCGUGGACCAAUUGCGGCAAAGAUCCCUCAGAAGGCUCACAAAGUGCUAUCGCUUCUGAGACUUUCGGAAGUCAACACGGGUGUCUUCGUGCGCCUCUCUCCACAGGUGUAUCCUUUGCUGAAACUGGUGGCUCCUUACGUCGUUGUGGGCCAACCGUCGCUCUCCUCGGUGCGUUCGCUCAUCCACAAGAGAAGUCGCGUGUUACUGUCGUCCGCCGAAGGUGAGGAAUCCAGGGAAUCCAUCCUCAACGACAACAAUGUGGUGGAGGAACGGCUUGGCUCUGAGGGGAUUAUCUGUGUCGAAGACAUCAUCCACGAGAUUGCUACUCUAGGCGAGGGGUUUGCCAAAUGCAACUUCUUCCUUUUACCUUUCCGUCUCAGUCGCGAAGUAUCAGGCUUCAGUGCCCUCAGUAAACUACAGAAGAUCAGGCAAAGAGAAUGGCAAAAGAAAGCCCUCAAAGUGUCGAAUGCCUCUACGGCGCCCGUGGUUCAAAUUGACAUUGAUGCUUUGAUCGCUAAACUAAAUUAA